AUGCGCAAAGACGCUAACUUAACUAGUUCGUUACGGCGCUCGCCAGGGACCAACGAUGCUGCAGGUGCCGAUCGCCGGGAUCGUCCCAUCACACCUUGCUCUUCGGCUGGUGCUGCGGCGCAGAUUUGGCCCUUCUACAAUCUCGCUCCUGGGGUCAGUUGUUCGAUAAUGGCAAUAGCAAAGUCAGUGAGAGCGAGAGCCGUGGGCUUGCGCUCUUUACGAGUCUUAUGCGCACAGCGAAGCGUUGCCCGCGAAUUCUCCGUUCUCAAUCGCCCUCAACCAAAUUAUCCGGGACAUAUACCUUUGACACCGAUAGAGCGGGGAGCUCUAGCAAUUGGGUCGGCUGUGGGAUCACUGUUGAAUCCUCGGCGGGGAGAUCUAAUAGCAACUGUCGGCGAAACCACCGCAACGCCAUUCUUCAUCUAUCGUCUCCGCGAUGCCAUGCUCGCGGACCCCACCGGCCGACGAAUCCUCCGUGACCGCCCCCGAAUAACCUCACAGACACUUUCCCUUCCCUACCUCCGCAGCCUGCCUAAAAACACCGUUGGGUACACCUACGCUACCUGGCUCGACCGGGAGGGUGUCAGCCCAGACACCCGCAGCAGUGUGCAGUACAUCGAUGAUGAAGAAUGCGCCUAUGUAAUGCAGCGGUAUCGCGAGUGUCACGAUUUCUACCAUGCAGUGACAGGCCUGCCGAUCGUGGUGGAGGGUGAAAUCGCACUGAAGGCGUUUGAGUUUAUGAACACGCUGAUUCCAAUGACUGGAUUGAGUGUGUUUGCGGCCAUCAGGCUGAAACCGGAAGAAAAGCAGAGAUUUUGGAGUAUUCACUUGCCUUGGGCCAUUAGAAGCGGCUUGGCGAGUAAAGAGCUGAUCAAUGUUUACUGGGAGGAACAACUAGAAAGAGAUGUGAAUGAAUUGAGGGAGGAACUCAAUAUCGAGAAGCCUCCGGAUUUGAGAGACAUAAGGAAGAAAGUUAGAGAACAGAAGAAAGCGGCAAAAGAGGCAGUGAUAAAGUCAUGAGUAUGUAUUUGUGACCGGGGUAUUUGUACUAUAGCAUGGCGUUACGGGGCAUGGUUCGAAUCUCGCAUAUUGGGUAAUCUGCCUUUCCUCUCUGUUCAUUAUUCAAGUAUGCAUAUUUAGAAGCUGACAGCACUCAAGCUGAGUCAAAUGAUCAUCCAUGGUGGCAAAUGCAGUCGUGAAAGUGUCAAA